CUUGCCCAACGCCAUGACGCAGCUGCACCCCCUGCAUCAGCGGAUCCUGACUCAAAGGCAACAGCGCAGGGGAGAGCGGAGAAUCCCUUCUGUGGUACCUCAGCCUCCAGAAACAGAUCCUUAUGGAGCGCUCAUGACUUCACUGGAGAAGGACUGGGUCAUAAAAGUGCAGAUGAUGCAGCUGCAGAGUGAAAACCCCCAGAGGGAUGACUACUACUAUCAGGAGUAUUAUCGCAAGCUGGAGCAGAAACCAGCACAGAAGGGACUCCUGGGCAAGUGCAAGAAUGAAGUCCCCAAGCUAGUCACACCAUAUAUCCAAAAAGUGGAGACGUAUGAAUCAGUGGUGCGGAUCCCGGGCUCCUUGGGCCAGGUGGCCGUGUCCACGUGCUAUAGCCCUCGUAGGGCUAUUGAUGCCGUACAUCACAUCCCACUGGAGCAGGCUGUCGGGAAUCAGCGAGUGCAAAUGCUGUAUCAGAUUGAGAAGAUGUACCUGCACCUGUUGGAUAUCGAGGACACUCAGCGGAAAUUGGUCCUGGCCCCUGAGGAACAGCAUUCUCACUUCUGUGAGAAACUGGCUCACGAGGUGGGGCACAUCUACCAAACUCUGAGAAUUGAAGAGUGCAACAACAAAGAGGAAACGAAAGAUGAGUUCCUACAGAUCCUGCUGGUGGGAAAAGGGAAGAGGCUUGUGGCCCGUCUGUUGCCGCACUUGUCCCCAGGACAGGCCAAGCAGGUCCUGGUCACCAUCACCAAGCACCUGCCUUUCCUUAUAAAGAAGGACCUACUGGAUGAGACCCUGCCCGUUCUCUACAGUCCCCUCGGAGAGGUCGUCGAACAGCUGACCUUCAGCGAGAUGGUCAACGUCCUUCAGGAGCUGACCGGGCUGCAGCCGGAUUCUGUGAAGCAGUCGCUCACCAUGAUCUUCGGAAACAAGUUUGCUGUCUCUCUCCUGUACUUGCUGCUGAGCCACGGCGAGAGGUGUCUUUCCUCCAGCAUGCCCCUGGAACCCUGCAUCGGAGACUUUGAGAAAUGGGUGGAUACGGUGCUCCUUGUUGCGAGAGAGCUCUCUCAAGUAUCCAAGGUCAACAUGGUGGAGCCCCUUUAUAUGCCCACCAAUCUCCUAUUUCUGUUCUGCCGCUACGUGGACAAAGAGACGGUGAAUCGUCUGGAUGUCAAGAUGGAAUAGAAUAUCGGACUCCUGGGAUGCUUGGAGCAUACUCCGUGCAGAAGCAUGGGACACCGACUGGUAGUGAGAAUCUCCUUUUACCAUGAGAACUGAAACACAAUGGCCGCUCAUCAAACAGGAUGCAUAAUUUAACUUCACAACCUUUUCUUCUGAGGGCUUAAUUUAUUUUCCCCCUUAAGUGCUCUGUGCUGGUUUGUCAAUAGGCAGUUCUGGCAGCAGACUGUGCAACACACAGCUAGCUUGCGGAGCCGGAGGACAAAACGGCUAACCUGUACAGUGUAAAUUUGGGCCGUCGGGUGUGGGAAGGGAGGGCAAAUUCUUUUGUGUUUGGGGCUUUGUAUAUAGCACUUAAUACAAUAAAAGCAAA